CCUUACCUGUUCCUCGGUCUAGCGCUGCUCAGUCUUCCCGCGCCGGCUUCUUUAGUGUGGGCUCUCAGCUUGACAGCUCGCUGUCAGCUAUCAUCCCUGUACUGUUUGCAGUCUCUUAGUCAUCUCCUGUACUGUCUGCAGUCUCUGGUCAUCCCUGUACUGUCUGCAGUCUCUUGGUCAUCUCCUGUACUGUCAGUCUCUGGUCUCCUGUACUGUCUGCAGUCUCUGGUCAUCUCCUGUACUAUGUCCGCAGUCUCUGGUCAUCCCUGUACUGUCCGCAGUCUCUGGUCAUCCCCUGUACUGUCCGCAGUCUCUGGUCAUCCCCUGUACUGUCCGCAGUCUCUUGUCAUCUCCUGUACUGUCCGCAGUCUCUGGUCAUCCCUUGUACUGUGUCCGCAGUCUCUGGUCAAACUUCUGUACUGUGUCUGCAGUCUCUGGUCAUCUCCU